AUACACCAAUUCCUCUCUCCACAUCCGAACAUUGUCACACUCCACCGUAUACUCGAGACUGACACUUUUCUACUCCUUGUCUUGGGAGUUUGGCAAUAUUCUCCUACUCAUUUCUCCUUGCCUCUCUCUGCGUUACUAAGCCACACCCGCCUCAGACUCAUUGCAAGCAUGUUCGCCCAAAUGUGUGAUGCAGUCACCGCAUGUCAUGACCAGCAUGCAGCCCGGCAC